UCAUGUCGACGAGGAGAUCACGCAUCUUGAGGAGUCGAUCAGCCACUCAGUCUCCUGAGAGAGAACCCCUAUUUUUCACAGGUGCAUUUUGCUUGGUCAAGUUGCAUCUUAAGGCAAUAUGAGGUGAUUUUUUACCAUAUCACUCUCCGUCGGACAGGGUGUAUUGUCACGCUAUUUGUGCGACAAUGUACGUUGUCUUACGUAUGCGUGAUACCGUUAAAAUCGUCUCGGCGAUCGUAAGGCAAUGACUCUAUCUCACGGAUUUGUGAGAUGAGUUCAAUGCCCUGUAUUGCCUUAACAUUUUCUUAUGAUCAUAUUUAAUUUACACGUGUUACUUCUUUCAGUUGAAUACCCUACGUUCAAUGCCCUGUAUUGCCUUAACAUUUUCUUAUGAUCAUAUUUAAUAAACACGCAUUACUUCUUUCAGUUGAAUACCCUGUGACGAAAUUUUCUCCAUUCGAGAUAGAUGGCCAUAGGAGUAGGUAUUACACUACUGUUGACGAUCCAACGUCGAUUCCGUCUACUUCUCGAUUUGCUUUGAACAUCCCAGAUGAACUCUCUUAGCUGGUACGAGAAGGGGAUCGAUGACCAUGCGCCAGCUAAUCACUGACGCGUCGUUUGCAGAAGAUACGGAUCUUGCUUAGCCUCUAAGAAAGACGAAUUAUAUGUUCGACGAUUCCGUGACAAAUCCAACCGCCAUAUCCCUCGAAGAUGAGCGGUGGUUAUAUAGGGAUGGCGCAAUUUGUUUAUACCUCCCUCCAUUCCCUCGUCAUCGCUCACUGACAGAAUUGCGAAGGCAAGCGGUAACGCGACAAAUGCCAUGGACCCUGACAGAGGAGCACACCGAUAUUCAUUGCGGAUAUGUCACCAGCCACUCACUCCCGGACUCAAGUGGUAGAAGCCACGUCAUCGGAUUACAUCCCAACGUGAUGGGAUUCGAAGACCCGUCUAAAGGGGAGUUAUUUACAGUGGCUCGCACAGUAAAGAAUCGCCUUGCUAUGUUAGGGCGAGAGUUACCUGUCGAAGGUUAUAGAUGCUAUGGCUAGUCAAAUUCUUCAGAUAAGUUAUGGCGGGGCAGGAUGACGGGUUAUGUCCUCAACCGAUGGGGUGCUGAAUUGAAGGCGAUGGGGUUAUAUGAAGUCAUUCGUGCCACCAAAUAUGGGCUACCGGUGAGCGUUAUCCACUUCACCGGACUAAUAGAGUUGUACAAUCCAAACACCAACACUUUUCUAACCAGGAACGAAGAGUUGGGACUACCUUUCCAUGAGAUGCAAAGUCUCUGGAUUACCGAUAGGAGACAUGCCAUACCAGGAGUAUUUCCCUUCCAACCGGGAGUUGCUUCAAUUGAAAACCCACAAGCCUGCUCGAUAUGACACGUUAUGGGAACCUACGCGUCACUAUUAGAUAGCCCUAGCCAGAAUCAAUCCAAUAGCCAAGAAGAAGUCUUCUCAGAUAAGCCUGAAGCAGUUCUCGAGUUAUCUAUUCAAGAAUUUGGAAAAAUUCGACGAAGCAAUUUGUGAGCUUAAACCGCUAACUCCUUCGGAGAUCAAUGAGCUGAUUGAGAAAUGUGGUGCCCAAUCCUACACCAUUGCGAGUGCCGAAAGUAGAUUCUCUACGGGACUAAGUUUAAGACUUUCUUAUGGUGCACCCAGAAGCCCAUUAACCUCAAGACUUUGUUGGCCGGGUACAUCGUAAUCUGGUUGAAAAAGUGUGUGGUGCCAUAUCAGACUUCUGACGCUCUACCGAUAGAGGUAUUAUUCCCUGCUGUCCAGCUCACCUACGGGUGAAGCUUAUCUCUUCUGCCAGCGAUGGUCGCCGACAUCCAUCGUGGGCUUCGUCAAGUGGUCACGGCUUUUACUCAAAUGGGGGAUACUCCAUCCGAUAAGAUCCCUAUGGCGAAAGCGGAGCUCCCUUACACCUUAUCUGAUGGGGUGACUGGUUCUUUAUCGUCCCAAUCUGAUGUCAGUCCCAACUAAUGCAUAUCUAUCCACUUCUUUGCUACAAUUACUCGAGGCAUGCAAAUGGAAAGCUCGGGACCUCUCAGAAGUCAGGAGGAGUUUGCAUAUCUACAAGGGUUGGGUGUUCAAUCCAUGCUUCUCUCGAUUUACUAGCCGAUAUAGUGGGUUGCUAGCCGACGUAGAGGUGCUGGGAACAAGUCGGACUUCUCUUGACGUUAGCUGUUUCAGAUGGCUGAUGAAUAUAAGGCCAGGCCAUCUCGUCUUUUGAGUGAAUGAUCGUUGCUACCUGGAGCCUUACCUGCCGUGUCGGUUCGCCCGUCAACUUGGAUACGACCAAUUAUUCACCGGGAACCCGAACCAGCAGUUUCAUACUUGUGGCGGAUUAGUAGACGACGCUCGAGCUUGGCUAUGGAACGUGACGUGCUGUACUGGCGCUAAGUUUAGUCUUCCGAAUGUUGAACGCCACUUAGAGUUGACAUAUUUAUGUUGCAAGUAGCUCAUGUCAGCUAUGAGCCCGUCCCUCUAAGGCCAAUUACAGAGUUGAUGGCCGAGGCUGCAUUGCGAUUUGUUGACAGGAUGGUCCGAGAAAAUAUACAGCAACGAAGGAGACGCGACAAGAAGCUUGCUGGUCCUUCAGGCAAAGGAAGCGGAAAAUAGAGGAAGUAGAAGAGGAGUCGUUUGCUUCCGACAAGGAGACUUCUGAAGAGGAAGAAGUCACUGCUGGUGGAGGUAUGGAAGUUGACAGCGAUUUCGAGGAACAUGCGACAUGUUUGUUUGAGUCUUUUCAUAAAGAGCUAUGUGAUAUCGAUCGCUGAUAGAGCUCGCCGACUUAAAGCUCAAAAGAAGUUGAAAAUUUUCCCCACUUAUAAUAGAAUGACGGUUGCACUUUCAGAUGUAGGUUCCGAGGAACAAGAGGGAAGAAGUAGCAUUGUCACUCGUACCCGAUCUCGGACCACAACUCAAACUGGAUUGUAAAUCGGGCCGCGUGUUACAUCAACACAGGACAGACCUGUAGAUCCUGAAGAGGCUCAUGCUGCAAAACGAAUGAAAAUCAUUUUCAAGCGACGUGCCAAGCCCCAGGCUUCUCAAACAGAAGUGUUCAACGAUGUGCUCAUCGGUGGGGAAGGGGGUCAUGAAGAAAAUGAAAUGGCAUACAACCCUCCUUCUCCCGACUUAGAUUUUUUUGGAGGAUCUAGCAUCUUGCCACAAACGGAUGAGGUUAUGGCUGAGGAUCUGACGGGUGUUGAAACAGGGGCGACCAUUGAAACCGGCGAAGGUGUCGUUGUAGAACCUGGUUUGUCUACAAUGGUCGCCAGCCCAGGUGCACCUAUUACCGGUAGUACACAUUUCAGAUGGAAAUAUCAGGCAUUAAACGACUCAAAAUCCGGCCCUCCCCUAAUUAUUUACAUGCUUCUGGCUCUUUUAGAAAAGCUACAAGAGGCGAGUGCUGAUGCCGAGAUCAUAGAGCCUAUUGUUGGCACCGGAGAUAUUUUGAUGGAAGGUUUAAGUGACGAAGAGGCCUUUCACAACGCAGCCCUCGCAGAGUCGGACGCACCUUUAUCUGAUCCGGUAUAAGACCCUUUAGGAUCUGGCGACAGGCCGUUCGACGACAUGCUGUCAGAACUGUUGUAAAUUCGUGCCAAAUACAUGUAAAAUACGUAACAGAAGACUAUAUGUAUAAUAAUACUAAGAUGUAAAGAGCAUGAAAAAUAAGCUAGGACCAUCCUAAUUAAAUCUAACAUGAUCCCUAUAAAAAAAGAAAGAAACUAAGAGCUUUGAAGGCUUACUUUCGAAGCGUGAUUCGGUGGAAGAUCGAACAACCCCUAGCUAUUGCUCCUUGUUGUUGUAAACCUUUUUGUAGUGGAUCUUCAAGUCAUCAAGUGGGCUUAAUAAAAUCAGAGUCUUCUUGAGACACAAUGUAAGAUAUCUACCUCGGGGUACU